AUGUCUCAGUCAAUGGUUUCGAAGAAAAGGAGGGAAUUUAUUGGUCUCUCGGCGCCAUUGGGAUACGUUGCUGGUGUCGGCCGUGGUGCCACUGGUUUCACGACACGUUCUGAUAUUGGUCCAGCUCGAGAGGCUACAGAUGUCUCGGACGAACGUCAUAUGGCUCCGUCCAAGCGGAAGAAAGAGCAAGAAAAAGAAGAAGAAACUGAAGAAGAUCUUAAUGAGUCAAAUUACGACGAGUUCACAGGUUACGGUGGGAGCAUUUGUUCAAAGGAUCCUUACGAAAAAGAUGACGAGGAAGCAGAUGAGAUCUACGCCUCGAUUGACGAGCGAAUGGAUGAGCGCCGCAAAACUUACAGAGAAAAGCGUGAAGCAGAAGAAAUCGAGCGUUAUCGACGGGAGCGACCAAAAAUCCAGCAGCAAUUUGUCGACCUCAAGAGGGAACUAGCAAGCGUGUCAGAGAGUGAGUGGCUCAGUCUACCCGAAGUGGGCGACUCACGCAACAAACGUCAGAGGAAUCCGCGUGCUGAAGUCUUCACACCUGUUCCAGAUAGCAUCCUGGCUAAAGGGCUUCAGGAUACUCAGCUAAACACAAAGUUAGACCCAGCAGAGCAGCUUCUGGGCGGAUUGACUACGCCUUUCGGCGCCCAAACACCCACAGGUGAUAUUGACAUGAAGAAAAUCGGACAGGCUCGUACAUCACUAAUGGACAUUAAGCUUAACCAGGUGUCGGACAGUGUGUCGGGUCAGACAGUAGUGGACCCUAAGGGAUAUUUGACGGACCUGCAGUCAAUGAUUCCACAGUACGCCGGUGACAUCAACGACGUGAAGAAGGCCCGACUUCUCCUCAAGUCGAUGCGUGAGACCAACCCUAAGCACCCGCCUGGUUGGAUCGUUUCCGCACGACUUGAAGAAAUCGCUGGUAAACUGCAGGUCGCGCGCAAUCUGAUAAUGCGGGGCUGUGAGAAGUGUCCUAGCUCAGAGGACGUGUGGUUGGAGGCGGCUCGCCUCUGUCCUCCUGACCAGGCAAAAUCUAUCGUUGCACAGGCCAUCACUCACUUGCCUCAGUCGGUUGGUCUCUGGGUUAAGGCCGCCGACUUGGAGACUGAGCUAAAGGCCAAGAGGACCGUCUUUAAGAAAGCGCUGGAGAGCGUGCCGAAUUCCGUGCGAUUGUGGAAGCUGGCAGUGGAGUUGGAGGAGGAGGAGGACGCACGGGUAAUGCUGAGCCUGGCGGUGGAAUGCUGUCCCACCUCAGCGGAGCUGUGGCUGGCACUGGCGCGACUGGAGACCUACGAGCAGGCGCGGGUAGUCCUCAACAAGGCGCACGAGCAGAUCCCCACAGAACGGCAGAUUUGGUUCGCUGCCGCCCGCCUGGAGGAGGCAAAUGAACAGUGCACCCGUGUGGGAAAAAUCAUUGACGCCGGGGUCCAGUCGCUCAAGGCCAACAUGGUGGAGAUCAACCGCGACGAGUGGAUCAAGGAGGCUGAGGAGUGUGAGAAGGCCAAGUCCAUCCUCACUGCUCAGGCCAUCAUAAAAGCCAUCAUCGGUCACGGGAUAGAGGAGCAGGACAAGAAGCACACAUGGUUAGCAGAUGCGGAGUCGUGUGCAACAAAUGGGGCAAUCGAGUGUGCACGGGCUAUCUACGCCGUGGCGCUGGCCCAGUUCCCCAAAAAGAAGAGCAUUUGGCUGCGUGCCGCCUACUUUGAACGCAAUCAUGGCACCAGGCAUGAGUUGCUGGAUCAGGCGGUAAUGCAUUGCCCCCAUGCAGAGAUUCUUUGGCUCAUGUCUGCCAAGUCGAAGUGGCUCGCUGGUGACGUACCAGCUGCACGAUCAACGCUAGCCAAUGCUUUCCAAGCGAACCCCAAUUCGGAGGAGAUAUGGCUGGCGGCAGUGAAGCUAGAGUCGGAGAACUCGGAGUAUGCGCGCGCACGCCGUUUGUUGGAGAAGGCGCGCUCCUCGGCGCCGACGGCGCGGGUGUGGAUGAAGUCGGCGCGCCUCGAGUGGUGCCUCGGCGACCUCGAGGUUGCAGCGCAGAUGCUCGAGGAGGGCUGCGCCAAGUAUCCCCUCGAGCCCAAGCUCCAUAUGAUGCGCGGCCAGUUGGCCGAACUUCUCGCUAAACAGAGACCUGAGGAGCACGAAAAAUUCCUCGAACAGGCGCGUGACGCCUUCCGCGAAGGGACAAAGGAAAUCCCCCAUAACACUACCCUGUGGAUCCUUCUCUCGAGACUGGAGGAAAAGACAGGAAACAUGACCAAGGCCCGCUCCAUCCUCGAGAAGGGACGAUCGAAGAACCCCAAGGAGCCAGCUCUCUGGCUGGAGUCUAUUCGACUGGAGAUGCGAGCCAACUUGAAGCUCGUGGCAGAGUCGUUGCUCUCCAAGGCUCUGCAGGAGUGUCCAAAUGCGGGAUGUUUGUGGGCGGAGGCAAUUUUUAUGACCAUCCGGCCCCAGCGCAAAAUGAAGUCAGUUGACGCAUUGAAGAAAUGCGAGCACGACCCCCUUGUCCUGCUUGCUGUCUCGAAAAUGUUCUGGGCGGAGCGGCUCACUUCGAAGGCCCGCAGUUGGUUCAUGCGAACCGUAAAGCUGGAAUCCGACCUGGGAGAUGCGUGGGCGUACUUCUACAAAUUUGAACAACUUCACGGAACCGAAGACCAGCAGAAGGAGGUGCUGAAGCGAUGCAUAGCGGCGGAGCCACGCCACGGAGAGGCAUGGUGUCGAGUGAGCAAGGACUUCCGCAACUGGCGACUCCGAACCGCUGACCUCCUACCAUUGGUUGCCGACUCCCUGCCUCUUCCUACUUGA